AUGACUCAAAAACUUGAUAGAGCACAAGUCAAAAAGGUUUUUGACGUCUUUGACUAUAACGGCAAUGGUAUCUUGUCCCUUGCUGAAAUUGACAGGGCGGUGAUUGAACUUUACCCGCAACUGGCGAAAGACAAACCUGCCAUCAUGCGAGCUUACAAAGCUGCUGACACUUCAAAUGAUGGCUUUAUCGAUUUCAACGAAUUCGGACGUCUCACCGACCUUCUCCAUUACUACCACGAACUAUACAAGAAAUUUCAACAACUUGAUAUAGAUGGCGACAGACGCAUCAGCUAUGUCGAGUUCAAGAAGGGACACGAUCUCAUGGGGAUAAAGGGACGUUCGGAGAAAGUGCUUAAGGCAGCUUUCGAUGAGAUCGACACGAACCAUGGAGGAUAUAUUCUUUUUGAUGAGUUCUGUACUUAUGCCGCCAAG